UGCUUGUAAACAAAACAAGCGUAGUCAGUGGCCGGGUAGCGGUAGGAUAGCAUUAUCAGCAAAAUUUAAACGAUUUUAUUCAACUUUAUUGAUUAAAAGUGCAACAUUUUAUUACCAAAAUGAGUUCAAUUCAAUGCCAGUUAUGGAUGGGAAGCCUGGAAUCCUACAUGACGGAGAACUUCAUUCUGGCGGCGUUCCGGAAGAUGGGCGAAGAUCCCCAAACGGUCAAACUGAUGAGGAACAAAUACACCGGAGAUCCGGCUGGAUAUUGCUUCGUCAGUUUCAAGACGGACGAUGCGGCCAUCGAUGCCAUGCACAAGUUGAACGGUAAGCCAAUUCCCGGCACAAAUCCAUUGGUUCGGUUCCGGCUGAACAGCGCCACAAACAAUCAGAGCAAGGCUCUACUAGCCGAUCGAGAGUUCAGCGUUUGGGUCGGCGAUUUGAGCUCCGACGUGGACGAUUACAGCUUGUAUCGGGUGUUUUCCGCCAAAUAUACAUCGAUCAAAACGGCCAAGGUCAUUCUGGAUAGCUCCGGGUUCUCGAAGGGCUAUGGCUUUGUCAAGUUCGGACUGGAAGAUGAACAGAAGAGCGCCCUGUACGAGAUGAAUGGUUUUAUCGGAUUAGGAAGCAAACCGCUGAAGAUUUGCAAUGCAGUUCCGAAACCCAAGAAUGAACUGGGCCCGGCUGGCCCCGUAAGUGCAGCAACGAGUGCAAGUGGCAUUCUGGGGUAUGGCGCUGCUACCGAUUACUCGCAGUACUAUGAUCCAUCCGCUUACUGGCAGAAUUACAGUGCCUGGCAAAGCUAUUAUGACCCAAACGGUACGGCCGACUACGCCGCAUACCAUAUGCCCGCUGCAACUGCGACUGUGGAUGCCACUGCGUAUCAAGCAUAUGAACACCAUCAGCAGCACCAACAUGUUCAUAGCCAGGUUGAAGACGAGGAACUGACGCUGGUGGACCACAAGUUUAGCCUGGAUGUAGACAAACUGAACCGGGAGGUGAUGGAGCGGGAUCGGAAUCUGUACGAUGCGCUGGAAAGCUCCAAGUGGAUGCCGGUUGAACAGCUGGAAAUUUUUUGAACUAGAGUUAUAACACUGCACUGCAUUUCCUAAAUUUACGUUAUGAUUUUUGGGUGUGAAUAAAAUGGACUUGAUUCCAUUCCUUU